UACUCUAGCAUUUACGUUGUUGUGUCUAUUGUUUCGUUUUUGAAGACCACACAAGUUCAGACAGAAACUCAAAUGUUGUUCAAUUGACACUUUAUCUCGUUUUAUUUUACCAACGGCUACUGUCGGUCUGGCACAUCGUUUUUUGAUCUUACGUGAGUUCUGACACAACCCCCACUCCCAUGGCCUCUGCCCUGAGCCAUCUCUCUCCAAUGUCUGGAAGAGAGAGAGAAGGAUGGAGUGAUGGAGGAGAAGAGGACCGGGUGGAGGAUGAGUUUGCGUGUUCCGGCGCGCUACGCGGAGCCCUACUGUCCUUCCACCCCUCCCUGGAGAGGAUAUUUGGGGUGUCCUUUAUGAUCGGGAGAGAGGAGGAUGCUGUGUUGCCACAUGAUGGACAGAUCUGGCUUAAACUAAAAGGAGGAAGGAACGACGUUGUGGCUGCCAAAUUGUUUGUUAAGGGAGUUGUGAACCAGGAGGCCCCGCAGGAAGUUCCGUAUCCAGGGGUCCUUCACUGUGUGUUCUGUGGAGCACGGGGGCUGUUCAUGGACUGCCUGAUCAGAAACACCUCUGCUCGCAUAGUGGUGGUUUCUCCAGGCUUCCUGCUCAUCUCAGGUCUGGCAGAACCAGUGGUCAGGGCCUACUCCCUGAUCACAGACCUUGUGCAGCGCUCCGAGGGCACCCAGGGACGACUCAGCGAGCCUAGGGACAGGGCAGCAGGUGAGACCCUGGAUUCUCGUCGGGCCUUCAAGUCUCUGGUGGAGAGAUGGGAUGACAGGCACACUCUGGACCUGCUAGUGCUACCGGGAGCAGUGAAGGAGACUUUACUGGAUCUGGUGAGGGAAUCUGGGCUGGGAUCUAACCCUGGUCCCGGGGGCUUGAACCCGGGUCAUGGGGGUUCAAACCCAGGUCAUGGGUGUUUAAAUCCUGGUCCAGGGCUUGGCUCAAACCCCAUUCCAGGGCUGGGCUUGAACCUUGGUCUUGGGGGGUCUAGAGACAGAGUGGGUCUAAUGGACACUGAUACACAGAGACUAUGGGACAGCCAAUUCGAAUUAGAUGCACUAACACUUAUGGAUACCAGAAUAGGGACCAGAGCUGGAGAGGCAAGGGACAUACAGAAAGUACAGGGGAUUUCAAUGACCAAAUCAACGACCAAACCUUCCGAACAUUCCUACCACAACCAAGACCCUGGUCUACAGAAUAUUGGACUGUUUUCUCAACAGACGUUCACUACCGCAACUGUAAAAGUUACAGAGGGAAGCAGAUAUGGGACACAAGGAGGGAUAGGGAUUGGGAACGAAGCAGCCCUCCGAGAUCCCAUCUUCCACUCUUUCCCCCAAAACGAAGACAUUUGUGGUCGAGCCGAGGGGUCGGAGGGGGCAAAAGAGGUACAAGGGCAUUCCCCACAGGAGGUAAAGGAGGAGGGACACCUGGAAGAGGAGGAGGAGAUGGAGACAGAGGAGGGAGAAGGGAACAUGUUGUCAGUAGGGAGCAAGGAGGAGUUUGGCCUGCUUCUGAAGUUCUUCACGGCUAUGGGCUAUGCGGAAGACGUGGUACUGAGGGUCCUAGCCCAGCCCAGACCCAGAGAAGCUUCCCAGAUCCUGGACCUGGUGCAACAAGAGCAGGACCGGACCAGACUGGCCAUGAACAGCCUUGUGGAACUAGCGCAUAGGGAGGAGAGCGGAGGUGAAGAAGUGAGAGGAAAGAGAAGCGGUAUAGAUAAAAGAGUGGAGAUUGAGGGAGGUGUGGGAGAAGGGGUGAGGGCUAGAGAAGAGCAAAGAGAGGAGAAGGGAAGAGGGGGGGAGAGUGCAGGAUUGUCUGAUGAUUUGUCCAAGGAUUCAACAGAGGUAGACAGGGGGAGAGGUGAGGGGGGCAGGGAGAGCGAUGAAGGGAACAGUAAGGGAGGAGAGGUGGGGAACGAGGAUGAUUUUGUACUGGGGGUGCUGAAGGGGGCUGCGGCCAACUGUGGGUACACAGAGGAGAAGGUAACAGAAGUAUACAGUAUGUUACCUGAACUGUCCAUACGUCAGCUACUCCUGGAGCUACAGAGAGAGGGCACCAGAGAGACAGAAUCCAAAUCCCAGGACAGGGUACGUGACGAACCAAGAGAGGUGAAUGAGGUUGUCUCAGAGGUACGGAAAAAGAACUGCAGAAAAGAGGAAACGGAGAAGGAGAGGGGUAAAGAGAGGAAGGCACCGGCACAACCAUUCACAACUACUGAAAACCGAGGAGGAGAAAGGAAGAGUGCCAAAGGAAUGAGUGAAAGGAAGACUGAUGAGGUAGGAGGAGUGAACGUGCCAAACCGAACCGUUGAUGGCCCAGUUAGGGUUGAACCGGAUCUGGCUCAGUGGAAUGCUGUGAUGAACCAGGUUCCGUUCCCGACCCAUGGUCUCCAGAAGAACCCCACACAGACACGACAGCAACCCGGCCAGACACCCCCCCCCCCACGUCGAGCCAGCCCCCCCUUUAGUCAGAGGGCUCCCCAGCCCACCUACCCCAUCACACUACCUCCACAACCCACCAACCUUCCCUUAUUUCCCCAUCAACUCGUUUACCCUCUCACCCAACCAUACCAGACCACCUUAGACUCCGCCCUCACCGUGAAUAACUCCUCAGCAACCAGAGUGAAGGAGAAACUGGGUUUCCUUACCCUAGCAACAGAGGUUCCAGAAAGAAAGGGUCUCCCUGCCCCGGCUGUUGACAGAUGGGGUCUCCCGCCCAUGGCAGCAGGGUCUUUAGUGACCGGGCAGCAGCGCUUCCUGGAAGGACUACAGACGCCAUUUGACCUCAAGCUGACUGACCAACCAGGAGACCCAGGGCUCAGGAUGGUGGUCAUCGACGGGAGCAAUGUUGCCAUGAGUCACGGUCUGGGUAAUUUCUUCUCGUGUCGAGGAAUCGCCCUGGCCGUGCAACACUUCUGGAACCGCGGCCAUCGCGGAAUCAGCACCUUACUGCCCCAGUGGAGGCAGAAGAGAGACCCCCGGGUCAAAGAGCAGCACUACCUUACUGAGCUCCAGAACCUGGGUCUCCUCUCCUACACCCCCUCCAGAGAGGUCCAGGGGAAGAGGAUCAACUCAUACGACGACAGGUUCAUGCUGCAGCUGGCCCAAAAGACGGAUGGCGUGAUCGUGACAAAUGACAACCUUCGAGACCUGCUGGAUGAGUCCCAUGAAUGGAGAGACAUCAUCAAGAAAAGACUCCUCCAGUACACGUUUGUAGGUGAUCACUUCAUGGUGCCUGAUGACCCGCUGGGCCGAGAAGGACCCCAUCUGGAUGACUUCCUACGCUCACUGCACAGGACUCCUGUCUCAGGCAGUCACUCAUUUGCGGGCACUGCCUCCACCCCCUUCUCCCAAGCUCCCAGGGCCCAGACAGAGGUCCUGAAGUUCAGGGACAGAACACCUGGUGUAGCUGUAGAGUCCAGCCAGGCCCGUGGCAGAGGGAAAAGGAAGGGGCAGGCUCAGGCUGGACACGGUAGCCCUGGAAUGGACCUUGUUCCAGGGAUGGGCCUUGGCCUGGAUAUGGAGAGGAGUGCAGCAGAGACCUCCAGACUUAGGGAGAGCUUAUCCCAGGUGUUCCCAGGACAAGACAGCAUUGUUACUCUGGUGCUGCAGUGUAACCCUACAGUGACUGACAUCAAUUCACUGUCACACUUUAUGCUGCAGCAACAGAUAGAGAGUGAGCAUGGGGGUGUAGACUGAGUGAUGGGGGAUGUGUGUGUGUGUGUGUGUGUGUGUGUGUGUGUGUGUGUGUGUGUGUGUGUGUGUGUGUGUGUGUGUGUGUGUGUGUGUGUGUGUGUGUGUGUGUGUGUGUGUGUGUGUGUGUGUGUGUGUGUGUGUGUGUGUGUGUGUGUGUGUGUGUGGUAUUCCAGAAUAAGACUAAUGUCUGAAGACCAAUAACUUUAUUUCUUCCUUUCUAUUCAGUCUAGUCCAUCGUGUGCAUAUUGAUGUAUUAAUGUAUAUUAUUUAAGUGUUUGAAUGAAAGGUUUAGUUAAAAGACAGCCAGAUCUUCAAAGUAUGUUUCUUAAUAGAUUUUUAUCCAGUUAAUGUUGGAAACAGGACUUAAAUACUGCAAAACGAUUUUUAAAACAUAUUUCGUACCCUUAUAUUUUUAUUAGAUUUUUUGUAUCACUUCUGGCCACUGUUGGAUUUUGUGUUCGGGAUGAGUAGUGUUGCUGAAUUCAGUGUACAAUGUUAUCUAUUGAACAUGACAUUACAGCAUGGAAUUAUUAAGUUGAUGAUGCUCAACUUCCAAUUAAUAAUUUCAAACUCAGAAGUGUCGUACUUCAAUAG